AUGGCUAAGGCUCCAGCCGAGCCGGCUAAGCCGUCUCCUAAGUCCCCGGACAGCAAGGAGAAGGUCCCGGAGAAGGAUACAACGUGGUUCCUUAUCAACUGCAUCAUGCAGACCGCAAGUGGCAAGCUUGAGAAGAUUGACUUCGAAGGGGUCGCCCAGAAGCUCAAUAUCAAGACUAAGGUGGCAGCGUAG